AUGGCUGCUGCUCCGGCAGCAGGCCGAUUGUCCGGAUCUGGCUAUCGCGUCUGUUCAAGCUGCAUCGCACGAUGUCUUCGUCAACCGUUGCGACCGCACAGCACCUUGAGAUCUGUCCUGCAAGCAAACCGGAAGCUCCACAGUGGCAUAAUCCCAGGUGAAAGACCCUCGAGAAGCGCAAUUGCCCAGUCACAGAGCUUUGUGGACGACUAUUUCUCGGCCAACACGUCGAUUGAGAGAGGAUGGAUCAAGAAUGGGAUGCUGGCUGCGGUACGCACUGUUGCGGAACCGACAGGACGAAGGGAAAAUGAUGUGUCUGGCGAAGUCACACGGAUGCGGACACAAGGAGAACUGGAAAAGGCUCUGUCUUUCAAGGCAGAGCCUCCGAGUCAAGAAAAUCAGAGCGCUCAAACUGGUCCGGAAGCUAGCAAAGCUGUGGAGGGUGGUGAACCAGAGGCAGAUGUACUCCCACACAGAAGACGGAAGAGACGAAAGAACACCGAGAAUGCGCCCGAGGAAUCUCUUCCGUUGGACGCUUCAUCCCAAUUGACGACUGCUGCCACCGCAAUGCCCAAGUCAGCCGUCUUCCGACGCAGGCUGGCCACCUUCCUCUCUCUGACCAAACCACGACUAUCCUUCCUGAUCCUACUCUCGACCACGUCGGCAUAUAGUCUAUAUCCACUCCCUGAAAUCCUGUCUUCCACGUCCUCGUCGGCAACUUCAUCCCUUUCCACUUCGACCUUGACAUUACUGUUCCUCACUUCUGGCACCUUUUUGUCCUGCGCCUGUGCCAACACCCUCAACAUGCUUUUCGAGCCCAAAUACGACGCUCUCAUGACUCGCACCCGGAAUCGGCCUCUUGUGAGAAAGCUGGUCUCUCCACGGGCAGCCGCCGUGUUUGCCUUGGUCUGUGGUGCGUCUGGCCUGCUUCUACUCGGCCUGGGUACCAACCCAACUGUGGCGGGAUUGUCGGCUCUCAAUAUCUUCCUGUACGCUGGGGUCUACACCCCAAUGAAAAGAAUCUCAGCGGCAAACACGUGGGUGGGGGCCAUUGUGGGCGGAAUUCCUCCUCUGAUGGGUUGGUGCGCCGCUGCGGGCGAAGCUGCCACGUCCGAACACCAUUCAUGGCAAGAUCUACUCUUUUCGGAGAACUCGAUAGGAGGCUGGGCAUUGGCAGCCCUCUUGUUUGCCUGGCAGUUUCCUCAUUUCAUGUCCUUGUCACACACCAUUCGAGAAGACUAUCGAAAUGCCGGCCACAAAAUGCUGGCCUGGACGAAUCCUGCUCGAAACGGACGUGUUGCUUUGAGGUACUCCUUGGCCAUGUUCCCCAUAUGCGCGCUGCUCUAUUUUACGGGAUAUGUGGACAAAGGCUUCCUCGUCAUCAGCACGGCAUGUAAUGUCUGGAUGACUCGGGAGGCGUUCCGCUUCUGGAAACACCAAGGUGCGGGGGGAAGUGCCAGGGGGCUCUUCUGGGCGAGUGUGUGGCAGCUUCCUCUUGUGCUGGUCGGAGCGCUGGUGUGCAAGAAGGGAUUAUGGGACGGCUUCUUCAGCACCGAUGAACCCGCCAGUAUCUACGAAGAGGGUGACCUCGAAACCGACGGCGACACUCUUGGGAUGGACCCGUCAAAGGCUCGACAAAGGCCGCCACCACCUGACAUUAAUUUGGCUAUGAUGGGGUUCAAGAGGCCAACGUGA